GAUUUUGCACGCGUGGAUGCAUUUCGCCGAGCAGCUGAAUGUGGGCAACUUGACCAAAGCCGUUUCCACUUCUGCUGUGCCUGCUGUAGCCCAUGGCGCUGUCAGACUAUGGCCUUGCGACGCUGCGCUUUGUGUACACUUCAAAGCUCCGGAAAGAGUUGCAGUACACUAUUAGCAAUUUGCGCCACACCCUGCAAUGGUCCCAAGAAGCCUGGCCCAUUCCGCAGCGCCUUCCGCGUCGUGCCUGGCGAGUGACCUAUCUAAAGAGACCAUUUCGAGUCAAAACUACAGUGCGUCACUAUGUAUUCCACGAUUUUCGAUAUCAGUUCACCUUCCGAGAUGUGAAGGACGUGCCUGCAGCUGUCAGCACGGUAUUGGGAUCAAUGACGCCGGAAACCUCCUGCGUGUGUCACUUUAAUUGGCAUUACCAUGGCGCUCCAGGCUACAACAUGCUCAUGACGGGCGACUUGCAAGAGGCGACUUCUGGAUCAAUAGAUCAGACUGCGAUCCGGCGACGAAUUCUAGAGCUGGAGCAGGGCAUGGCCAAUGUCCAACGAAAGCAGAGUGAUGAUGAGGAACGGUGGAAGGGCUGGUAUGGCCACUCCACGCUUUGGAAUACAGGCUUUAAACGAAACCCCGAGUAGGUUGCUUGCGGCAACCGCGCAGUUUGCCAAAGGGCAAAACAAGACGCAUGCAGGCUCUAAGGCAGCAAAAAGCGGUCAGUUGAGACUGCUUGUAUUUGUCACUCUGCG